UGGGAGGUGAAGGCAGGCUUGUGGUGUGGUUUACAUCAGUCUGUUCACUUGUGUUGGGGGACAGUCUAAUAAUCUGUGAGUAACACAGAGUUUGUAUGACAAAUCACCCCCAUGCAAUUAUAAUCAGUUGCAGAAAAUACUUUUAUUUUCAGUCUCUGGAGGUACAGCCAGAACUUUUCGUUCACAUGGCAGCAGCAAACUCUUCUCCACCUGGUUCUUUGGAUCUAAACCAGCCUGGGUUUGCAAAGGAGAUCCUGGGAACUAAACUGGAGGUGAAAUACCUGUGCUCCGAUUGCAAGAACAUCCUGAGGCGGCCGUUCCAGGCACAGUGUGGCCAUCGCUACUGUUCCUAUUGCCUGAAAAAAAUCAUCAGUGCUGGACCUCAGAAGUGUGCUAGCUGUAUCCAGGAAGGAAUAUAUGAAGAAGGAAUUUCUAUUUUGGAAACAAGCUCGGCUUUCCCAGACAACGCGGCGCGGCGGGAAGUGGAGAGUCUGCCUGCUGUCUGCAUCAACAGUGGCUGCACCUGGAAGGGAACCAUCAAAGAGUACGAGGCUCAUGAUGAAGUCUGCCCUGAAUUCCCGCUGACUUGUGAAGGCUGUGGGAAGAAGAUUCCCAGGGAGAAGUUUCGGGACCAUGUGAAGACGUGUGGUAGAUCCAAAGUGCCUUGCCGGUUCGAGGCUGUGGGCUGUGCUGAGGUGGUGGAAAAUGAAAAACUCCUGGAACAUGAAAGGAAGUGUUUGGCAGAGCAUCUCUACAUGCUGCUGAGCUCUGUGCUCAGCCUCAAGACUCAUACUGGGGACCUGAAACCCCUUCCUGUCCUUUCCUCAUCACAAAACAGCUCCCCACUGCUGGCAGCAAACGCACUGUGCUCGGAGUCGGAGCUCUCCCGGUCCCUGGAACUCUUGGGAAGGUGUGAGGCCCUUGAGAGGAAAACAGUGACCUUUGAGAACAUUGUCUGUGUGCUCAACCGGGAGGUGGAGAGAGUAUCCCUGACAGCUGAAGCCUACAGCCGCCAGCACCGGCUGGACCAGGAGAAAAUCGAAACGCUGAGCAACAAGGUCCGACAGCUGGAGAGGAGCAUUGGGCUCAAGGACCUGGCCAUGGCUGAGAUGGAGGAGAAGAUCCGCAACAUGGAGGCUUCCACCUACGACGGGGUUUUCAUCUGGAAGAUAACGGAGUUUGCCCGGAAGCGUCAGGAGGCAAUAACAGGCCGCUCUCCUGCCAUCUUCUCUCCAGCUUUCUACACCAGCAAGUACGGCUACAAGAUGUGUCUGCGCGUGUACCUGAAUGGGGACGGCACCGGCCGUGGGACCCACCUGUCCUUGUUUUUUGUGGUGAUGAAGGGACCCAACGACGCGCUGCUGCGGUGGCCCUUCAACCAGAAGGUCACCCUGAUGCUUCUGGACCAGAAUAACCGGGAGCACAUCAUCGAUGCCUUCCGCCCUGACGUGACGUCCUCAUCCUUCCAGCGCCCCGUCACAGAGAUGAACAUCGCCAGUGGCUGCCCCCUCUUCUGCCCCGUGUCCGUCAUGGAAGCCAAGAACUCCUACGUGCGUGAUGAUGCCAUCUUUAUUAAAGCCAUCGUUGAUCUCACGGGCCUCUAACCCUCCUGACCUCGGAGCAGUGAGAGUGGAGCCAGCACUGCCCAGGGCAUCUCCUGCUUGUGCUGCACUUCAGGCGGGUCUCAGAGCGAGAGGAGGAGGCACAGAGAGGGGAAAAACCCUUCCUGAAAAGGGACCUUUGCUCUGAGUGGAAACAAGGUGUCUGAUGGGAGCCCUCUUUCCUGAGGAGAGGGUUGGGUGGACACUGGCAGGCUGUGGGAUAUGGAAGAUUUCCUGCAGGGACUUGGGUGUCUGAACUGCUGCUGUCUGGACUCCAGUGGAAACCAGUGCAGCUCUUGCUCUGCCAGUUCAGCCGACAUCCACAGCUCUCUGUAGUAAAACAGCAGUUUGCCCUGCCUGAGCUCCACUUCCUGUGGAUUUUGGCUCAGCUGUCUAGGAUUUCCCUGUGAGAUCUCAGUGUUCCUGGAGGUUGUGUGCUUUGGGGUGCCAUGGCUCUGCACUGCUGGUUGCUCCACACGUGGGAGGCCAGGAGGGUGUGUGACAGCUGCAGUGCCAGCUGGGCAAGAGAGACACAAACUGGUCUGAUGCUGUUGGUGUGUUUGGAAGGUGCUGAGCCCAGCUGCAGGGCAGGGGAGCCCUGAGUCCAGCCCUCGCUGGGUAUGUGAUGGCUGGUGUGUGCUGGAGUGUCGAAUGGGGCAGGUGGUGCUGCUGCCUGGGAGGGACCAUAGGGCAGCACCCAGAACGCCUAUAGGGAGGGAGAAGGGAAUCUGCUGUGGAAAUUGUCCCUCCUGUGGCAGGACACAGAGUUGGUGUGCACCCUGAGAGCCCCAGGCCCUGUCCCCCUCUGCGCUGUGCCGAGCAGCGCUGCGUGGGAUGGGUGCUGUGCUGGGAGCUGUCUUUGCUCAUAAGCAAAGGCGCAGGCUCUGAACUGGCUUCACUCCAGCGGUGGGACAGCUCCACCAGCCUUCCCUGCUGUUGUGCUCCAUGCCCGUCUGUGGCCACGCUGCCGUGUCUGUCUGGGCACUGCCAGCUCGGGCUGCGGGAUGUGUACUGUGUGCCCAUGCAGUGGGCAUUGCUGGCCAGCGCUUGCCCUCCCACAGGGCCUGCAGUCACCAGCAGCAGCUCUCCCUCACUGUUCUUCCCUGUCCCUGAGCUCAGGAGUCGUGGGCCAGCUGGUUCCACGUGACAGUACCCUGAAUCUCUUCCUCCACUAAGACCCCAUGUUGAGCCUGCAGCCACCUGGGGGCUGGAGAAGUAAAGUGUGCUGUCCCCUUCCUGUCCUUGGGCUCCUUCCCUCUGGGCAGCACUUGUUCAGCAGCCAUGAGAAGGUUUCUCUUGGUGUUAGUGGGGAAGAACUGGCUGCCACAUCCCUGCAUAGUGCCCUCUGCAGCUUUAUUGUGGCCAUGGGUAGCUCUGGAUGGGCCCUGAUCCAGGGUGGACUCAAAGCUUUGUUGCCUCCUUUGCCUGGGCUUUCCACACCCCUGUCAGUGGCUGAACGUGCCCCAGGAGAUGUUUUGUUGGUGACAGGAACCAGCUGUGAAUACCCUGCAAUGAUUGGGUCCCUGGUUGGCUCCUGUGCAGCAUGGUCACACUCCACCCACCAGCAGCUCCUGCCAGGUGCCCAGCCUGGGUCUGGUGGCUACAGAGCCUGCCAGGCUUGUGCCCUGCGCACACCUUGGCUCUGGCACAACCACCCUAAGGGGUCCAGAACACCAUCAGGCUCUGCCCUGGCAGGGAGCCCUGCAGGGUCUGGCUAUCCCCCAUAUGCUGGCACUGCCCUGACCUGCCCCUGGGCCUGUUUGCAAUGUCCCUACUGCUGCCCAGGAAUUUAGGGGUGCCCAAUGCCCUGCAGGCUGCUGGCCCAAGCUGAACCUCUUGCAGCCAUGGCUGCUGUGCUGGCCAGGGGCUCUCCAGACAGGUGCUGGGUUGACCUUUGAGCCCUUUGGAAUCGCUGUGGGGAACUUCUCAUACCUGUGUGUGCAGGGCCUGGGGACAGAUCCAUCCACUGCUGUUGCAGAGGAGGACAGAAGCUGGUGACAGCACAGCCUAGCUGAGGAGGGAGAGGAGUGACAGGACUCUUCCCUUAGUGCAAGCCCCCUUCCAGCCUGUCCCAAGGGACAGAUCAUGCCCUGUGUUGCUGCUCUAACCCUGUGCCUUAUGAGGAAAAUUCCAGGCUAGCUCCCUGCUCCCAUCUAUGGCAGCUCCCCAGGGAUGCUUGGAAAAGCCUGGGAAGGGAGAGGAAGGUCAGUUCUGCUCAUAAAUUGCUGGGAAUUAAGUGUUAUGUGUGGGAGAGGCUGUUCUGUGUUGAUCAGAAUGUCUGCUUGUGGGGUGUCUGGCUCCUGUGUGCAGCAGGACUGGGGGCUCUGGCCAGGUAGUGCCAGGAGGGACUGUGGAGACAGUGGCUCAGUUGUGGGUGGUCUGGGCUGUUUUCAGGGUGGGAGCUGCUCCUCCUGCCGCAGCACGUUUGGAAGGUCAGUGGGAGAGUCGGUGCUGCAGCAAAGCUCAGGCUGAGUUCUUCAGGCCACGGCGUUACUGCUGGAGAGGAAACGGCCUGUCAGCCCCUCCUGCCGGGAGCUUUUUCCUCCCCACCCAUCUCGUGCUGCUGACCCUGUCCAGGCCUUUUUUGGCUCUUAGCGGCUCUGGAGCUGGCAGCAGGAAUUGUGCUUCUGUGCUGCAGGCAAAGGCCCAGGCCCUUCCUGGGCACUGCUUUGCCAGCCCGGUGACCCCACGGACAAACACUGGGCACAAGCCACCACUGGAGUUUUGUGGGACUUUGUUCCCUUUUGACUACACCAUUUCAGCCGGGCACUGUGAAUUAGGUUUUUUUUUUCCUUGAGGGGGUAGUAUGGUCAGAACCACUAA